ACGAUUCUAGCCUUAAAUGUAUCUCUGGGAGAAGAAAUAAUGAAGUUGUGGAGCGUUUUGUUAAUUUUGAUAGGCAAUGUGGCAUCCAUAUACAUCCUAAAUAAUCGCCUCAUCCUGGACAAAUCAAAACCCCUUUCAAUUCAAUGUUUUACCAACAAGAGCUCGGCAAAUAUUGAGUUUCGUUUAGAACUAAUCCAAACAUGUAAUGUACUGUCAGUAUCCGUUGUUAACGAUGGCAGAUUCCUGGUGUUUGUCGACAGUUUACAUAUUCCAAACUACUUUCAACUGGAAUCGGUAAACACCUUCGACCAGUCCCUUUGUGGAACGUACACAUGUAUUGAUUUGGACACAGGCCUUCAAGACUCUGUCAGCGUUUCUUUUAAAGAUUUUGACAACGACACAUUCAUCAUUUACGAAGGAGACGCAGCUGUGUAUAUAACAACAUCUUGCAGUUUCGGUGCAACUUUGUCAGAGAUGAAAAAUUCAUGGUUCAUUGAAGAUUCAAACUCUCCGGGGGAGACUUAUGUGUUCAGGAGGAACAGUGAAGAGAGUUUGAAGUUGGCAGUCCGUAUCACCCAUGCCUUUUCACCAGUUAAGAAGCUCAGAAGUUGGCAGUUUGUAUCGUCCACGCCUUGUCGACGGUUAAGAAGCUUGGAAGUUGGCUGCUCGUAUCAUCCACGCCUUGUUGACAGGGAAGAAGCUCGGAAGUUGGCAGUUCGUAUCAUCCACGCCUUGUCGACAGUAAAGAAGCUUGGAAGUUGGCAGUUCGUAUCACCCACGCCUUGCCACCAGCUCUGA